UCCACUCCGGGACUGACAGCUGCCGGAUCGCUCUCUCUCUCUCUCCCAGCCACCGGCACAGCUGCCCCGUUUCACCGACCAGACAGUAACAUCCAGGGGCUGAUUCGCAGCUAGACUCGGGGGGGGGAUGUCUGCAGAGGAUGGUAUUCUGACGAGACAAGGUGGUAUGUGGCCCGAGCUUGAGAAAGCAGAAAAUCUGGCCCGAGGAGCGGCAUUGAAGUGGGCCUCGGGAAUCUUCUAUCACCCAGAUCAACUGGAGAGACUGGGCCAGUAUCGCAAGAGAGAGACGCAAAGAACAUCCUCUGUUCAGUCCAGGUUAAAGUCUGCCGUUCAGUCCUAUCUGGAAGGGGUCGCAACAGGCCUUGGGCAGCUGAAGGCGUCUCUUGAUGAUGUCAGAGCAGUGCGCCGCACACUGGUUGACGUCUGUGAGGAUUGGCAGAAGAAACUCAAUGGGUUUGAAGGCCUGGGGCAUUUACGCAGCCUGGUUUCUGACCAUGUCCAGUUGGCUACUGCAGUGCACAAUCUACAGCAUGUAUUCUCAGUCCCCGAGGAUGUGAGGGAGACCCGGCAGCUGAUAGAGGAAAGGAGGCUGCUGGACGCCCAUGCCAAGCUGAUGGAGAUGGAAGGCUGGAGAGACAAUAUCCUCCAACAGCUACACCAUGCUGGGAGGCAGGACACGGAAGGGGAGCGGAUCGUCCUCUCCUACUUUGCUGUCGUGGGCCAGCUCAAUGAGGAGCUCGCCAAGGAACUCUGGGAUGUCGUGGGCUCCGGUCUAGCCCUGGUCAAGCAGGACCCGUCCCUGUUUGUCUCAGCCAUCCGCAUCAUUGAGCGGGAAGAGGAGAUGGACAUGGCCGCUGCGGACAGCCAAAGCCAACACGCCUUCCUCCCUCCCGGGAGGCCGAAGAACCUGCGGCAGACCUUUUUCAAAGUUAUCGAGCAGUGCACCAGGGCGCAGUUCCGGGCGAGGCAGACUGAUACGAAGGGACCGGGCCUGGCCAGUCACCUGGCGGCCUUGCACAACAAUAUUCUCAGCGAUCUCAAAGUGGUCAAGCACUUGAUGGUGCAAUGCUGUCCUCCCCACUAUAACAUCCUCCAGACCUAUGUGCUGCUGCACCACAGUUGCCUUUCGGGGCAUCUGCAGGAUAUAAUCUCCUGGGAUUUAGAGAAGAGUGAGAUCUACACAGUGCUGAACUGGAUACGCCAUAUUUACCACAGCCAUCCGAAGAUGCUGGCUCACCCUGACCUCUCUCCUGAUGUCGACAUUGUGUCACCGGGACCCCUGAUUUCCCAAGAUGCACUGGAGCAGCUGCAGAAUAAAUAUGUCGGUGCUGUCCGGGUGGCAGUGUCGGACUGGAUGCAGAAAGCCCUGGAGGCAGAGGUGAACGACUGGUACCGAGAGGAGGAGCCCGAGUCUGACCAUGAAGGUUACUACCACUCCAGUCUGCCUGUGAUUGUGACCCAGAUGCUGGAAGAGAAUGUCCAGGUGGCGAUGGUCAUCAGUGACUCUCUCAGGGACCAAAUGGUCACAAUGGCCCUGCAGGAGUUGGAGUCCUUCCUGUGCAGGUUCCGAGAGGCGGUGAUCAGUUAUGGUAAAGAACGACAGAAGCCCUCCCAGCCCAAGUACUACUUGCUGUAUCUGCUGGCUGAUGUUAACAACUGUAUAGCAAUCAGGAGAUGCAUCCAGUGGCUGCAGCAGCAAGGCAACCAGGGUUCCCAUGGCGACGGCUGCAAUAAGUUACCUCAACCCAUUGAUACGGCCUUGGACCGAGCAAUGAAAAAAGGCUGCAGGCUGCUGAUAGAUGAGAUGCUGUCAGAACUCCAGCCCCACUUCCUCCAGCUGUGGUCUACGUCCUGGUUCUGUGGCUCUGAUAUUAUCGACUCUAUCUGCACUGUCAUGGAGACACACUGUGGUCACUUCGGCCACAUCAGGGAGCCCAUCUUUCAGUUCAUGCUGUCUGAAGGCCUCCGUCUGGUAAUCAUUGAUUAUGUCCGCACGCUGGUGCUGAGGAAGAUUGUCUGCAAAAACCCCACGGAACGAGAGAGGCUGUCAGACAGAAUGGCCCGUGACGCAGAGAAACUGCACAAACUCUUCUGCAAUCUGGGACUAGAAGAACCUGAUCGCCUCACCAGUGUGAUCUCUUCUGUAUCGGAGCUUGUGAAACUGAAGGAUACUUCCCUCCUCAGUCUGGAGGUCUCCUGCCUUGUAGCCAAUUAUCCCGAUAUCAGUGAUGAGCAUGUUUCGGCCCUGCUGGAUAUUCGGGGCGAUGUGUCCAAAGACGUGCGUGGGACGGUGCUGGAGAUGUUGGAGCAGAGCUCCCAGCCUGCCCCCGAAGACUACCAGCCCAUCUUCUCCGAGAUCCUGGUGCCCACUCCUGUUCUCCCCUUCUGCCUACCCGCUGUCAAAUGCGGCUAGCCCUCCUCUCCCCUCACCACCACCCCCCUCCCCCCACCCCCACCCACCUCCUCGCAUCUCACUGCAGACCUCAGGGGGGACUGAGGUCACCUGACGCUUGCCAAUGUGAGACAGUCCUUCACAGUCCGACCGUGCGAUGGAGACUGGAGGCCAGUCUGGAGGAAGGUGUCCACAUUAUGCAGGCCGACCGUGUCACUGUCAAGGUUAGUGAGCCCCUGGUGUUCAAGCCUUUGAUCUCACUCCCCCCCGGCCUGUCCUCACCCAGAUCUACAAUUACCUCUCAUAUUUACAGGAAACAACACAUGUUCCUGUCAGCUUCCUGUAGCAAGCAUGCCAUGAUCCCACUCAGAGUCAAAAUUCCUGGUACUGUUUGCUAGACAUUGUGUCCUCUAUAGGAAAGAGAAGAUCUGUGAAUAUCAAUGAAGAGUCACACUUGACUACCCAGCUGAAAAUGCCACCAAGGGUCGCUGCCAGAGCAUUUGGGUAAAACACUAGGGCAUUACCCGACCCCAUGCUACCAGACUAAAUACAAAACUCCCGUUCGCUCCUGGGAGAGCAGGGAAUGCUCAUCAAGCUGAAGAUAGCUCAUAAAUGUCACAUCCAUCUUUCAGCAGUUUGUUCUCAACACUGGAUUUCCUGCCCAAGGGAAUUUAGUGGUUCCAAUCCUCCCACGCAGCCUCAAAUUGCUAAACUAUUUACGCUUUCAUGGGAUAUGCACCUCGCUGGCAAGGCCAGAAAUUUAUCGCACAUUCUUAACUGCCCUCGAACUAGGCCACUUCAGAGAGUCAUUGCUGGAGUUAAAUAUAGUCCAGACUGGGAAAGGUGUCAGAUUUCCUUCCCUGAAGGACAUCAGUGAACCAGAUGGGUAUUUUGUAAUAAUCGCUGAUCGUUUCAUGGUUGUCAGGAUUAUAUUCCAGAUUUUAUUAACUGAGUUUAAAUUCCAUCAGCUCCCCUGUGUUAAUUUGAACCCAUGUUCCCCAGAGCAUUCGUCUCUGAUUCCUAGUGAUAUUCUCAUGAAGCCACCACAUCUCCCUUCAACCCUGGAAGCCGUUUUUGAAGGCCCCUUCCCUCAGGUGGCCUGAAGAGUGCCUGCCUUGAACCCGUAGGUCAGGAAGCUGAUUGAAAUUUUGAGGAAUUGUGGGUGGACCCUAGUGACUGCUGCGAAACAAAGAAACGACCAGGGGAACUUGCGGGAAUAAAUUCCCAUGGAACCAGGAAAGGUGGUUGUGGGUUAUGGAGUGGGAGUGUGUCGGGCAGGCCUUUGGAAGACUGGGACACCCUCGCCCUCCACCUUUUCACCCCAUGAUAUGGAAUCCCAUUUUGUCACCGGUCCAGGGUUGGCGAGUUUCUAUAGGAUGCCCUAUCGGGGAAUGUAACUGGACUGACCAGAUUUCAACUAGGCCCAAGCAUCACUGCUCCCUUGGCAGUACUCCCAUGCCCACCCCUUCAGGCCAAACACUGAAUAUGGGAAGUGGCCCCCCCGGUUUACCACCCUGGCGUUCCCUCGGAUCCUCACAAUGAGUGAGCAACUCAGGAUUUUAACUAAAGUUAGAGGCUUUGGCCUGUAUCAGGUGAUAGACCUCACUAACCGCGCCACACCCUCAACACCAUCUUACAGGGGCAACAAAUUGACUGCCUGAGCAGGGGGAUUACAUUGGUAAAGCUAAUGACAUGGAUUCAGAUAUCAAUAAAUGGAAUGUUAACUCAGACAAGACCUCCCAACUGAUUUCAUUGAGUAGACCACACUAAUAAAAAUACUAACCACCAGGAUACAUGAGCAUCAACUAGCCACAAAAUGACAUGACCCACUCUCACUAGUAUCCUCACAUACGGAUGAGGAAGGACACCACUUCAACUGGGACAACACGUCCAUCCUAGGAAGGACAAGCCAAACAGAGAUACACAUGAGAAUUCCUAGAAGCAUGGCAUUCCAACCGAAACUCUAUCACCAAACACAUUGACUUGGAUCCCAUUUACCACACCCUGAGAAAAAGAAAUGACAUCACCAACCCAAGGAAACCUAAACACAUAAAUAAAAAGUGGGCCAUACCAUCAACGCUUCACCAGAGGCUCACUGAUGAUGUUACCUAGUAUGGUGACGAAACAUCUGAAAAUGAUCCUCAUCUCAGCGAGCAAACUUAAAUCCAGAACCUCAACCUGAGCUACAAAUCUUCUCAAAACUCGCUAGACCAUCCUAUGCAUCAAAACCCAGAGCCCCGUCCAUGUGCCUCCAAGGGACAUGGGAAUCACAGGGGAUUGAACAGACCCAUCUUUAAACUCCAACUCCAAUACAAUCCCAUCUUUGGCCUGUAAAAGAAUUGAAUGAACUGUUUGAGCAAUUCACUACCCACCUUCUAUUUUAGAGCAGGAUAACAGCAGUGUCUUCACUGACGGACCAUCCUUUCUCAUAUUUAAUGUGCUCUGAAAAUCGCACACUCCACUCAGGGCUCAUUUGUCACUUCUUCCCAGUUCUUAGCCACAGUGAGCUCUGUUUCCAUGUAGUUCCUCAACUGUUACCAAUGUAGUUGUAACACAAAGGUAGUGGCCCCUGCUUGAGUGUUUGCUGGAUCACAGCACCCUUGUGUCUCUGCAUUUACCUGCACCCAGCCAUAUUUCUGAAUCAACUGAUGGAGGCGAGCAGUCAGAAAUUGCUGGAAAAACUCAAUAGGUCAGGCAACGUCUGUGGAGAGAAAGCACGGUUAACUUUUCGGGUCCAGUGACCUUUCUUCAGAAGAGCCAUCUUCAGGCAGCGGGAGUGUUGGUGAACUCUUCGAGAAGAAAGUGAGGUCUGCAGAUGCUGGAGAUCAGAGCUGAAAAAUGUGUUGCUGGAAAAGCGCAGCAGGUCAGGCAGCAUCCAAGGAACAGGAAAUUCAACGUGGAAAAGCGCAGCCUGACCUGCUGCGCUUUUCCAGCAGCACAUUUUCAGUGUUGGUGAACUGACUGGUUCAGCUGAUGGAAUGAGUCAUAGAAUCCUUACAGUGCAGAUAGAGGCCAUUCUGCCCAUUAUGUCCACACUGACCCUCAGAAAAGCAUCCCACCCAGACCCUGCAUUUCUCGCAACUGUUUCACCUAGCUUGCACGUCCCUGGGCACUAGAGCAUUUCCAAUUAACCCGACCUGCACAUCUUUGGGCUGUGAGAGGGAACCCGCAUAGACGCGGGGAGAAUGUGCAAACUCCACACAGACAGUCACCUGAGGCUGGAUUCGAACCCAUGUCCCCGGUGCUGUGAGGCAGCAGUGCUAAUCACUGAGCCACUGUGCCACCCCAUUGGUUAACACUCAUGACCUGCAUGUAGAAUACCAAGGUCUACUUUCCCAAUUGAAAUGACAGUCAGUUGAGGAAGAAUGACUUGCAUUUGUACAAUACCUUAAUCGAUCUCAGGAUUCUCCAAAAGGGUUUUACAAUGAAAUCCUCUUUUGAAAUGUGUUCACUCGGGUUAUGAAGGAAAUGCAGCAGCCAAUUUGUACACAGCAAGCUCCCAUUACUGUGCAAUGUGACAGUGACUAGAUUGUCUGCUUUAGUGGAAGUAUUAAAACUGGCUAAAGCACCAGGGCAGCCUCUCAUGGUCUUCCUUGAGAUGCUACCAUGGGAAUUCUGACAACCAUCCUUGGGUCCCAGUAUAAUAUUCCAUCCAGAGGUGGUACCUUCAACAGUGUGGCAGUCCUUCAGCUCUGCACUGAAGUGUCAGCCAGGAGUUUGUGCGUAAACCUCAGAAUAAUAUCUGAGCAAACAACCCACUGACUCAGAGGCCACCAGCAAAGCCAGAGCUGGUGUAGUCCAGAGUUAGUCACAGUAAAUGCACUUUUAGGUUCGUGAACCCGAGGUUUGGACCUAUCAGGUAAACCACGCUGAUAGGUAUUUUGCACAAGACAUCCUGAAACCGAAUCAGGACUCUCUAUGCAAGAGUGCCAUUUCUUUUCGACCAAGCAUGUACAAUCAAAUCUUGUCAUGGACUGUACGCCUCCUACGGUUGUCCAAAGCCUAUUUUGUACAGGAGCUUGUUGAAUUCAAGCAGUUCAGGUGUUGGUGAGCCAGCUACCAGAUCGUCAGUAUUAUUACCCCAUUCAUCAUACCAUAGGAGCCCAUCAAGUCCUCAGCAGCUAUGGAGAAUCUUAUCCCCAGUUUUCUACUUCCAGUCUCUAAGAAUCCAAAUGAAGUCAGUGCUCUGUCUAACGGCAGCUCAUCCCUAACCUCAGAAAGUGCUUUCGAAUGAUCACAGGCAGCAGACUCUGACAGGUUGACUUCCUCGUUCGACUUUUCCACAAUCCAGGAAUACCUGGUCAACUGGUGUAAACCUUCGGCUUGGGGGCCCUUUGGCUGACCUCCAGUGUCUGUCUACUACUGCCUGAAAUAAAAGCAGACUGGGACACUCA